UGUUAGUAGUUCACACUUCUCUUCUUUUAAUUAAUUCUUCUGCUCCAUAUUUUUAAUUUCCUGACAAAUUGAAAAAACCAGAAUGACAAUUAGGUUAGCAAAAUCAAGAGCUGCUACAUAUUAUUUGAAGAAAAAUAUGAAUUUGAUGGCGAUUCUCAAUCAAACUACUCCUGCUUCGUCAUCAUCCGCUGUCAGCAACAGUACUUACGCAACCAUUACUGCACCUCUAAAAUUUGCUGAUAUCUCGCAGAGAUUCAAGUCUACCAAAUCUGCCGGGCAGCUUGAUUAUUUGUACUCUAGCGACGACGACAAUAACAAUCAGGUGUUGGAUUUUCCUGGAGGAAAGGUGACAUUUAUUUCUGAAAUGAAAUUCAUUUCCGGAUCGGAUGAGAAGCGAGUUCCAUGUUAUCGAAUUCUUGAUGACACCGGAGCCCUGAUAGACAACCCUGAUUUUGAUCAGGUUAGCGAGGAAGUGGCAGUAAAAAUGUACAGAGAAAUGGCGACCCUUCAAAUAAUGGAUACAAUAUUCUAUGAAGCACAAAGACAAGGCAGAAUUUCCUUUUACCUUACAUCCAACGGCGAAGAAGCUAUUAACAUAGCAUCAGCAGCCGCACUUUCUCCACAUGACGUUGUCUUGCCUCAGUAUCGAGAACCUGGAGUGCUAUUGUGGCGUGGAUUCACUCUUCAAGAAUUCGCAAACCAGUGCUUCGGAAACAAGGAUGAUUAUGGAAGAGGCAGGCAGAUGCCCAUUCAUUACGGCUCUAACAAGCACAAUUACUUCACUAUUUCCUCGCCCAUAGCUACUCAACUUCCUCAAGCAGUAGGUGUUGCUUAUUCUCUUAAAAUGGAUAAAAAAGAUGCCUGUGUAGUUACUUAUAUUGGCGAUGGUGGUACCAGUGAGGGAGAUUUUCAUGCUGCUCUCAACUUUGCAGCAGUCACAGAAUCACCGGUCAUUUUUAUCUGUCGAAACAAUGGCUGGGCCAUUAGCACCCACAUAUCGGAGCAAUUUCGAAGUGAUGGCAUUGUUGUUAAGGGUAGAGCUUACGGCAUUCAAAGUAUCCGGGUAGAUGGAAAUGACGCCCUCGCCGUUUAUACAACAAUUCAAGCAGCUCGUAAGAUUGCUGUAACUGAACAAAGACCUGUCUUAAUUGAGGCCCUUACAUAUAGAGUUGGACACCAUUCCACAUCUGAUGAUUCCACCAAGUAUCGACCAACAGAUGAGAUCGAAUUUUGGAAAAUGGAAAGAAGCCCUGUAAAUAGAUUUCGGAAUUGGGUCGAAAGAAAUGGGUGGUGGAGCGACAAACAAGAAUCUGAAUUCAGAAAUAGUAUCAGGAAGCAGCUAUUGCAAGCGAUUCAGGUGGCCGAGAAGACAGAGAAACCUCCACUUGGCGACAUGUUUGCCGAUGUUUAUGAUAUUCCGUCGUCGAAUCUUCGACAGCAAGAGAAAGAGCUAAGAGAAACUAUCAAUAGGCAUCCACGAGACUAUCCAUCUGAUGUUCCUUUGUAAAAUAAAUUAGCCAUAUAAUACUCAAGAAGGUAUACAUGCAUAGUAAGUGAAUAGCUGUAAUCCAAUUAUUAAACAUGAUCAGUUAAAAGAAAAGAAUGCAUAUCAAUGAACUAUAAGAACUGUAAUAUAAAUAAGAUCUUCAUUUUCACUAAA